AUGAAGCACGCCGAAUGCGACCGAGUGGAUGGGAUGAAGAGCGUCAGCUCUGAAUGGGUGCUUCCUCUCACUGUCGCGUGUUUCUGGCCGGGGGCUGCUACGCAGACUUUUACAUCAACCACACAGACAACUGUUACAUCCACCGUACCACCUUACCAGUAUUUCCAGGGCGACUGGUCGGCAUGCUCGGCUACCUGUGCGGUAGGCACACGCACUCGAGAGGUGUUCUGCUACGAGACCUGCAGUGUUCCUCAAUUCUGCACUGUUGCAGAGGAGAAAUGUGCAGGUAUCACCAAACCACUUAGCUUCGACUACUGCUGGCCACCGGUAGCAUCCUGUCCAGACUCAACAACCAUGUCUUCCACAGCCAGUCUCACAAGCACACGUUCCACCAACACGCAAACGGCCACAUCAAGAACUACAACGCAAGGGGUGCGGACCGGCUGGCUCUGCGUGCACGAAGCUUCGACUGGAUGUGUGGCCGCCUCCAUUGCUCAAGUGCAGUGUGGAUCGAGCUGCCCAUGCUGCAAGCGCUCGGGCAUCCAGUCCACCACGCCACGACCUUUUCAGCCCUCAGAUGGUGGGAACGAGGUGUCUGCAGCUGUGGUUAUCACAGUUACAUUGACAUCGGUGGCACUGGUCUCUGGCUUUGCUUUUGCUGGCUGGCGGUCUUGCAGCAAAUCCAGAAGGAAACAACUCCACGCCGGCACUCACAUUCCCAAGGCGGAGGCAUAUGGCAGAGCAGACUCUCGCCAUACCGACCCGAGAAGGGUGAACACGGAUGCCGGGCAAGAGGAAGCAGUCUACGAUAGGAAGCUGGGCAAAGGGAUUCCUUCUGCUGCUCCGGACGGCUUCUUCGAUGGGCCUCCAGACUGGAUGAAUGAUGAGGAAGAGGGCACGUCGAGCCCGAGCAGGUCCCACACUGCCAAGGAGAACAUCUUCACCCGCAGCGAGGACAAGGCACGCUCAACACAGUCCAGUCCUAUGCGAAAGGGCAGGUUUAUCCCAGCAGAGGCUGGCAAAGAUGAGAACGACGAACAUGAAGAGAGCCCCAGAGCGACCCCGACUUCGCCGUCGGGGACUUUGCCUCCUGGCUAUGCAUCAGCUGCCCGACGCAACCGUCGGACAGGCAAAGAGGCGCCGGACGUGGACAGCUUCGCAACCGACAGCCAUCAGGUCCCGGGUCAGGCGAAUGCCUCACCACGUCAAAGCCAGUCCAAGAGCAAAGCGUCGCAACCUGGCAAGGAGGGAACACAGGGAACGAUUCGGUAA